AGCUGCAACAUUCAAGCUGCUCCGUUCGCUUCCGGCCGUUGCCGCGGGGACCCGGGGGAGGCGAAAGCGCUGACCCGCCCGCCCGGGGCUGCCGGCCCGGCCCGGGGCUGCCGGCCCGGCCUCACCAUGGUGUCCUGGUUACUCAGCCGGAUCGUUGUGCUGGUUUUUGGGAUGCUGUACCCUGCCUACGCUUCCUACAAGGCUGUGAAGACCAAAAACAUCCGGGAAUAUGUCCGCUGGAUGAUGUACUGGAUCAUCUUUGCGCUCUUCACGGCCACAGAGACCCUCACUGACCUGCUCAUCUCCUGGUUUCCCUUCUACUAUGAAAUUAAGACGGCUUUCCUCAUCUGGCUGCUCUGCCCCUACACCCGGGGGGCCAGCCUUAUCUACCGCAAGGUCGUGCACCCCGCGCUCUCCCGCAACGAGAAGGAGAUCGACACGUACAUCAUCCGGAUCAGGGAGCGCAGCUACGAGACGGUGGUGCGCUUCGGCAAGAGGGGCCUCAACAUGGCAGCUGCGGCCGCUGUCCAGGCAGCCACCAAGAGCCAGGGCGCGCUGGCUGGGCGGCUGCGCAGCUUCAGCAUGCAGGACCUGCGCUCCAUCCCUGAUGAAGCCCCUGUGCACUACCGGGACCCCCUGUACCUGGAGGAGCCAGAGAGCUGCAGGCAGCUGCUGGGCUACAACAUGCCCUCGGCUGGCCAGGAGUACGAGAGUGAGACGACGGAGGACGAGGAGCUCCACUCAGACUCGCAGGUCUCGCCCAUGCCUUCACCCCGCAGCCGGGAUUCCAAGUCCCUCUCCCGCAGCCAGAGCCUGCGCACGGUGAGGAAGAAGAUGUCUGGCAAAGAGGUCUCUACUCGGCUCUUGCGCAGCCGCAUCAGGAAGAAAGCAGCUCCGCCGGAGGAGGACAGCUAAUGCUCCUGGGAAACCCUCUGCCAAGAGUCUUAACACUAGUUUGCUGCUGCAGCAUCGGGAGGGAGCUGUGGUUUGGGCCCACCCCCCACCCCGGCCCCGGGGAGGGGGCUUCCUCCCACGUUACACUGUAAAUAUCUUCUCUGACCUCUGCGCCUGCCUGGCCGCACUGUGCACCUCUGGCUGCCUCAUGGAGGGGAGGGCAGCUUGGCCCCCGCGCUGCUGCCAGCCAGACCCCCACCCGGACCCCGCUGCUGCAGGUCAGCGCCUCUCAUGUGGGGUCUGCCCCCCCUCCCCCCGCCCUCCCAAUGAACACUACAGGCUCUGCUGGCCACCCCCCUUCUCCUGCUGCCGUGAUGCCUUACUCCCCACAUCCCCCCUCCUGUGGGAGCCAAAGAGGGGACGUGCCUUGGCCCGUCUGUCCCCUGAUGCCAAAGACACAGCCCCCGGCCACGGUGUCCCCCCCACCUGCAGGCUGACACCCCCAUACUUGAAACUGGGGCAGCAGUACCUGACCAUGCCCAGCCCAGCACCACACGGCUUUUAACGUUCUCCUCUCUCAGAAGAGGUUUUGUACAUGGAAAAAUAAAUGUUAUUUCGGACUUUUA